AUGGAAGGCCGACUUUUACUUUUUGCCUUCUACUCACAGGAUCAGCUUCCCCGCGUUGUGGUGGUUGGUGAUCAAAGUGCUGGCAAAACUUCCGUUCUCGAGAUGAUCGCACAGGCUCGCAUAUUCCCUCGUGGGUCCGGCGAAAUGAUGACGCGCUCUCCUGUAAAAGUAACCUUGUCCGAGGGUCCGUAUCAUGUGGCAUCGUUCAAGGACAGCCCUCGGGAGUACGAUUUGACCAAAGAGUCUGAGAUGGCAGCUUUGCGUAAAGAUAUCGAGGUUUGUCGAGUUACAUUUUUGUACUUCGUUUCUUCUGACCUCUUGUGCUCCCUCGUUCACCAUCAUGUCCCGAUUUCCGUAUCGCUCAUGGGCACAUCUCGCAUAUGCACUUCACUAGUAACACUUUUAUAUAGGAUCGUAAUGGGCAAUCUUUCGACUACUGGCUAUCGGUAUUUCAACCUCAAACACUUGAACCUACUGAAUUUACACUGUCGACACGUUCAGCUGGGACGCGUUCAAAUUUCUGUCUCGUCACAUUGGUCCUAUUAA